CCUUAGUUUCCGGAUUUGACAUAUUAAUGACCUAUCAUUUCGAAAACAAAACGUUUAUUCAGAGUGGGAGAUAAAAAGCCAUGUCCUUCAAACACGUCCUCUUGAGAGUCGUCACACCAGUGUAAACUUGGGGGAAGAGCUGAGGGAAGUAGUUGCAGUGUGGAAGUUGGAGGGGACUAAUGUAACGAUUCCUGUGACCACUGACAACACUAGAAAUGUUGCAAAUGCAGUUGCACUAGCUGGAUUGGGGCCACAGAUAGGAUGCUUUGCUCACGUUAUUAAUCUGCAUCUCAAAAAGCAAUGUCAGUCAAUCCAAUCUCUCGCCUCCUAGCAAAGGUCAGGAAAGUGGUAUCCUUCUUUCGUAAAAGCACAACUGCUGCACAUGUUUUCAAGACAAAACAGGAGAUGCUGAAGCUGCCAAACCACAAACUAAUCCAAGAUGUCCCUACUAGAUGGAAUUCAAGCCAUGACAUGGUUGAGAGAAACCUUGAGCAGAAAGUUGUGGUGUAUUCUACACUGACUGAUCAAGCUGUCAGGAAGAAUGUCAAAGAUAUUGGGACUUUGUCUGAAAAUUAUGUAAGAGUGCAGAGGAAAGUGUGCUAACCUCUCAAAACAGUCAACACUGAACUGCACUGAAAACAAUGAUGCUGAAAUCAAUGGUGGCAUCUGAUGAAGAUGAACCGGCAGUAAGGGAUGUCAAGACUGCUAUCAGAGUUAACCUGGAGCCUAGAUAUGCUGACCCUGGUGUCCAAGACUUGUUACACAAGAGCACCGCUUUGGACCCCCGGUUCAAGUCUCUGCUGCACCUGGAUGCUGCUGCUCGUCUGAGAGUCUACAAUGACUUCACAGCAGAGCUUGUGACCAAUAUACAGGGUCAAGCCACAGAUACCAGAGGAGCCAAUCCCUCUCCAGAGACGACAGACGAUAGGGGUUCUCCUCCAGAAAAGAAGUCUGGCAUGGCUGAGCUUUUUGGGGAGUUGUUCACAACCCAGGAGCAGGGAACCAAGUCAAAGGUCAAGGUCAUAGAGGAGGUGACCUCCUACAGGGAACUGGACUGUAUUCCUCUGGAUGCUGAUCCACUUACAUGGUGGAAGACCAAAGAGUUAAUAUACCCUCAUGUUGCCAUGUUAGCAAGGCGCUACCUGGCUGUGCCUGGGACCUCUGUUCCUAGCGAGAGGGUAUUCUCCACAGCGGCUGACAUUGUCACUUUAAGCCGAUCUGUGCUCACUGUAGAUAAUGUGGAUAGACUAAUCUUCUUAAAGAAACACUUGAGAAUCUGAUAAUGUUUUUAACAAAUUCAAGUAACCAGUCUCAAGUGGUCCUAUUUUGUUCAAGGUACUGCCAUGUGACUUAAUUUUGAUAUGCUGCUGGACUACAGUAUGCACUCUUGUUGAAGUUCUGUUUUACAUGAAUAUUUUAUUUCAUGUUGUAAGGCAGGCACUGCUGUUUUUUGUUGUCCCUUUGUU